AUGUCGAUUAUGGCUUAUAAUGGUGGUGCUUGCAUCGUAAUGGUUGGAAAGAAUUGUGUUGCAAUUGCAUCAGAUUUAAGAUUUGGUAUUCAACAACAAACUAUUUCAAAUGAUUUCCCAAAAGUUUAUAGAAUUAAUGAUAAAUGUUUUGUUGGUAUUUCUGGUUUAGUCACUGAUGCACAAACUUUAUAUCAAAAACUUGUAUUUAGACAUAACUUAUAUAAACUUAGAGAAGAGAGAGAUAUGUCACCAAGAGUUGUUUCAAAUUUACUCACAAAUAUGUUAUAUGAAAAAAGAUUUGGACCAUACUUUACUGAACCUUUAAUUUGUGGUUUGGAAGGUCCAGAUAAUACACCUUUCAUUAGUGGUAUGGAUCUCAUUGGUGCUAGCGUUGCAACUGAUGAUUUUUUAGUUGUUGGUACUAUGACUCCUGCAAUGUAUGGUGUUUGUGAAACUUUAUACAAAAAAGAUAUGAAUGAAGAUGAUCUUUUUGAAACUAUUUCACAAUGUAUGUUAGCAAGUUUAGAUAGAGAUGCUCUUUCUGGUUGGGGUGCCAUUGUUCAUGUAAUUACUCCAACUCAAGUUAUCACAAAGAAAUUAUUAGGUCGUCAAGAUUAA